UGACCUAGUGUGCACACACUGGCCACUUUUUUGGUGAAGUGAGCUGCAUAUUUUUGUUUUGUCGUAAUAAUAUAAAAUCUUCUGGGUUAAAAUUCAAGUGUUAAAGUUGCUUUCCGGUCUGUUAUCAUCGGGUUUUUAAUUAGUGAAGAAAAAAAACGUAGUAAAGAGGCUGGAAGAGCUGCAACCUCGGGCCAAUUAGCGAAAUCGACCUGCGAAUUGCGCAAAUGGCCGAUGGAACUUCAAUUUUUCGGUUGAACUAAAGGCCUAGGAUCCGGAGAAAAAGUCAUCAGUAUGGACGACCUGUCGCAGGGCGACAUUUGCCGUGUGUGCAGAUGUGAAGCACAGCCGGAUAGGCCGCUUUUCUACCCGUGUAUCUGCACGGGAUCAAUCAAGUACAUCCACCAGGACUGUCUGAUGCAAUGGAUGCGCUACUCGCACAAGGAAUACUGCGAGCUGUGCGGCUACCGCUUCAGCUUCCAGCCCAUUUAUGCCCCAGAUAUGCCACGUGUCCUGCCUCUAAAAGAUGUCCUCGUCGGAUUAAUGUCUGCAGUUUUGGAGGGUGCUCGCUGCUGGCUCCAUUACUCUCUGGUCGGUAUGGCCUGGUUUGGAUUAGUGCCACUGUCCGCCUAUAGGACCUACCGGUACCUAUUCCGGGCCAGCUCCUUCGACAUGAUUCUCACGCUGCCCUUUGACAUCUUCUCCAUGGAGAACUUAGCUGCGGAUGCUUUUCGUGGCUGCUUUGUAGUCACAUGCACGCUGUUAUCAUUCAUUGGCUUGGUCUGGCUGCGAGAGCAAAUCCUCCAUGGCGGUGGUCCCGACUGGUUGGAGCGAGACAUUGGCCACCAAGCAGCAGUUGCUAAUCCUGCGCCUGCUCCCGCUGCAGAGGAAGUUCCUCUGCCUCAAGACGAUAACAACAACGGUGAUGCCCCGCAGGAUGUGCCUAUAGAUAAUGAAGCCCCUGCGCCAGACGCACAGGCCCAGGAUCCAGCACCAGCUGUUGUUGCUCCUGCAGUGGACGCCGAUGCCGACGAACAGAAUUGGAACCCCAUGGAAUGGGAUCGGGCAGCCGAGGAGCUCACAUGGGAACGCCUUCUCGGUCUCGACGGCUCGCUGGUUUUCCUCGAGCACGUCUUUUGGAUUAUGUCGCUGAACACCCUGUUCAUUUUCACCUUCGCCUUUUCUCCCUACUGUGCGGGCAACUUCAUCCUAAGUUCCAUGGAUCUUCUGCAGCCGGAAAAGCCACUGUUGCACUUUCACGGCUUGAUUACCACAUUAUUCGGGUACUGCUGCAUUGGAUUGACCCUGGUAGUGUUGCACUUUUUUGCCAGGGUCUUCCGAUUGCGAAGAGUUUGUUGGUUCUUUGGAUUGUGCUACAUUGUGGUCAAGGUGUCGCUGCUGUCAGUUGUGGAGAUUGGAGUUCUUCCACUGAUUUGCGGCUGGUGGCUGGACAUCUGCUCAUUGCCAUUGCUGGAUGCCAGUCUCAAGGAUCGCAAGGCCAGCUUUAAGGCCGCUCCGGGCACGUCUCUCUUUGUCCACUGGAUGUUUGGUAUGGUCUACGUUUAUUAUUUUGCCGCCUUUAUCUCGCUGUUAAGGGAGGUCCUGCGACCGGGAGUGCUCUGGAUAUUCCGCAAUGUUAACGAUCCGGACUUUAGUCCCAUCCAGGAGAUGAUCCAUGUGCCGAUUGUGCGUCACAUCCGGCGACUGGUUGCCUCGGCCAUGAUCUUUGGAUUUGCAGUGCUCUUAAUGCUUUGGCUGCCUAUUAGAAUACUGCAGGUGGCCUGGCCAAACUUCUUGCCAUAUGCUCUAAGUGGCGAUGCUGAGGUCAACGAUCUUAGUCUCCAGCUGCUGCUCUUGCAGAUCGUCUUGCCUGGCUUUUUCGAACAAACUCAAACUCGCAUCUGGUUGAAAGGCUUGCUUCGAAUUUGGUGCACAGCUGUUGCUUGGCUCUUGGGUAUACGUAGUUACCUGCUCCCAGCACCAGAGCCAGAGCCAGAGAAUCCAGCACCUGGCGAAGAAGGUGUGGAGAAUGCGGCUGGCGAAAAUGGAAACCAAGAUGGUGAGGCUGAAGGUGCGGCAGCUGCAGCACCACCGCCACCGCCCCCUCCACCACCACCGCCGGUAGAACCAGCGCCUGCACCACGUAACCUUGCCGCCGCCCAUCAGGCCAUCAUGCAACGUGAUGCUCCCGUGGGAUUCCAGCCGUACGACAAGCCCUCGUUUUUCGCCUUUCGUUUGUGCGCCCUGCUGUCCCUCAUGUGCUUAUCCAUUGUUUGUGCUGCCAUGUUGACACUCACGGUUCCAGUCUACAUAGGCCGGCGGUUUAUGAUGCUCUGGACUGGACAGCCAGCUGAAAAGGCAGCGGGAGCGGCAGCAGCCGCAGCAGCCGAAGCAGGAGCAGCGGGAGUGGCUGGAAAUCUAGCGCCAGUUGAUCCGGAAGGAGCGAGAAAGAACGAGCUACUGUUGCGUUCACAUGAAUUGUACACCGCUGAAAUUGGUGGAUAUUUGUGCUGGAUUGUCUGCCGGGGAGUGGCCGUUGUAGUGACUCUGUUGCCCCAAGGACGAGCGGCUAUUGUCAGCAAACUAAAGCAUUGGGCACGUGUGGCGUUACAAUAUGCGCUGCCUGUUCUAACACUCCUGGGAAUCUUCGUCUUGGUUCCUCUACUGUUUGGACUACUACUAGAAUUGGUGGUGGUCAUUCCUCUACGCGUUCCUCUACGCAAGACGCCGAUACACUUCCUGUGGCAGGAUUGGGCACUAGGAGUACUCUACAGCAAGAUUGCCAUUGCCUUGACACUGAUGGGUCCUGAUUGGCACUUGAAGCGAGCCUUGGAACGAGCCUACAUGGAUGGAUUGCGCGAUUUCGAUUUGAAGUUUGUGAUGCGGGACUUGGCGGUGCCGGUUGUUACUACAUUUGGCUUGGCCCUUGCUGCUCCCUACGUUAUGGCCCAUAUGGUGUUCCCAAUAUUCCUAGCAGACGCUUAUGCGCAGCACGCUGUUGCUCGCCUCGUGUAUCCUGUUAGCUUCAUAGUGGUGGGCACCAUAUGCUUCGUUUUGUUCCAGAUAAAGCAAUUGAAGAAGCUCUACCUGUCCAUUAAGGUGGAUAAGUAUCUGGUGGGUCAGCGGCUGGUGAACUACGAGCACCGCAAGAAGCAGCAGCAACAACAGCAGCAGCAGCAGGAGGAGGAAGAACAGCAGCGGGCAGCUCGAGAGCUGAAGGAGCACCAGGAGAGGGAUCGGGAUCGGGAACGGGAGCAGUUGGUGCAGGAGCAGGACUUGGCUGAGCUUCUGUAACGAGAUCAGAUUUUUAUUUCAACCCGACAACGAGGAGAAGAUGCCACGAGAAGAGGCUGAAGUAUCUGUGCUUUUCCGUCGUGGAGCUGCUCCUGCUGCUGCUAAAAUAUCUCGGCUUAGUCUCUGUUUUCCUGCCAGAACGGAGGAUUUGAAAAUGUUCGAGUGAAAUAAACCUUAUAUGUUCCACCUUCGGCCCUUUCGCCCCACUUUA